UACUUGCGCAAAAAUAUAUAUAACACUGCCUUUCCUCUACUCUAAUAAUGCCUUCUUAUAGUUCUAGCUUUCAGUUUCUCUAUCUCUCGUUCACUAUCAGUCUAUCACACACACUUAUCUUCUUAAGUGAAAUGUAAGCCCUUUUUCAGAGUGCACUGACUAAAGAUGAAGAACAUUGGCAAUGUGGUGCAGGGGUUGAAGCCAACGUUGGUAAUGGUGGGGGUGCAGAUAGCAAUGGCUGGGGUGAAUGUGCUGCUCAAGCUCGCUGUAAACGAUGGCAUGAACUUGACGGUGGUUACUGCCUACCGAUUUGUAUUCGCCACUGCUUUCAUAGCUCCACUUGCUCUCAUCCUUGAAAGGAAGAAGAGGACAAAGAUGACUUGGAUGCUGCUGUUUCAGUCAUUUCUCUGUGGUUUAUUUGGAGGAGCAUCUCAAAACUUCUACUUAGAGUCUCUGGCUUUAACUUCAGUAACGUUUGCAGCCGCCAUGUCUAACCUUACACCAGCCAUAACCCUUAUUAUUGCCGCUUCCUUCAGAUUGGAAAAAAUAAAUUUAGAAACUACAGCAGGGAAGGCUAAGAUAGUGGGUACAAUAACUGGAAUUGGUGGGGCAAUGGUUCUGACUUUGGUUAAAGGCAAGGAAAUCAAGAUAGAGUCCUUCCACGUGAACCUUUUGCACCCCCAAAACGGUACACAUCCACACGCCGGUGGUACCGGUGAGAACCUCUUGGGUGCUCUUUGCAGCCUAGCCAGUGGCACCUCUUACUCAUUGUGGCUCAUUAUUCAGAGAAAGAUGACAGAAAGGUAUGACGGUCAUUACACAAGCACGGCGUUAAUGUCGUUUUGGGCUUCAGUGCUAUCCUUUGUGUUUGCUCUUUUCAUUGAGAGAGAUUGGAGUCAGUGGAGGUUGGGUUGGAAUAUUAGACUCCUAACUGUUGCUUAUGCGGGUAUAGUGAUCUCUGGACUGGUGGUGGUUGUAAUUUCAUGGUGUGUCCAGAUGAGAGGCCCAUUGUUUGUCGCUAUUUUCAAUCCUCUGGUGCUUGUGAUUUUGGCCUUCGCUUGUUCUACGAUAUUGAAUGAGAAGCUAUAUUGGAACAGCAUCAUUGGAGCAGUGUUGAUUGUAUGUGGCUUAUAUGCGGUUAUAUGGGGUAAGAGCAAAGAGAUGAAGAUGAAUACAGUAUUGGUAUCUUCAAAUGAAUCAGAUAGAGUCGAGAUAGUCUUGAGAUCUACAGGAUCAGAAGAGAACAGCAACAGCAAUGGUAUCCAAGUGAUUAGGGAUGAUGAAGAUUCAUCAGCAGAGGACAUGAAGAGCAAAGUGCAUAUGUUCACAAUCAAGGAAAAGAAUUAAGUUCUACCUAGUAAUGCCUGAAUAUUCAACUCUCUAAC